ACUGAUGCUUCUUUCACUUCGACUUCUCUCCUUUGAGUUAUUAAGCGCCAAACUACAUGAGUUCUGCUCUGCAAAACAAUGCCAAACUUCGGAAGCGCUCACAAGAAUGGUGUACGACCUCGGAGUCCUCGGUCUCACGCUUGUCAAUGGUUGUGCAAAUCGCGCUCCUUUUCUCUCUUCAUUCUUCAACCUCCUCAGUGUCAUUUUUUACCCUGUCAAUAUUAUGCGCGACUCGGUCUCCACUGUUGCUGCCUUCUGCUCUGGACUGGCGGGUGGUGCCGCUCUGCUAGCUGCAUUCCAGCACCUUGCGCGUCGUCGAGCGCUUGAGUCUACUCGCCCUUUGGACGUCCAAGAUCCAGAAGCCAUCCGUCACCCAGCCGCAGCAUUGACGGAACUUCUGGUGCGCUACCACGAAAACCUCCAGCGCCGUGAUCCUCACCGCGGCGAACCCGGUAGCUCCUCGUACGCUAUUCGCUCCAAAGUGAAGCCCGGAGAAUUGCGAGCUCAGCUACCUACUGCGUGUCCUGAAGACCCGCAGAGCUACGCCGACAUCUUCCGCGACGUCGAGCAGCUCAUCUUCCCUGCGCUCACUCACUGGGCAUCUCCAAAUUUCCACGCCUACUUCAAAAUAUGUGGUAGUGACCCCAGUGUACUAGCCGACUAUUUGUGCUCGUCACUGGAUGUCGUCGGCUUCUCGUGGGUCUCUGCCCCAGCAGCUACGGAACUUGAGCAAGUAGUCUGCGACUGGAUGGCCAAACUACUGGGACUACCUGAGUGUUUCCUCACGAGUUCUUCUGGAGGUGGAGUCAUUCAAGGCUCAGCGAGUGAAUCAGCGCUGUGUGCACUCAUUGCAGCUCGUCAUGCGGCGUUGGAAGGAUUGGAAGGCACAGAACGAGAAGAGAAAGCGGCCAAACUGGUUGUGUACGUGUCAGACCAAACGCAUGCUAUUGCGGAGAAGGGCUGCAUGGUGUUGGACAUUCCUCAUCUGCGAGUGGUGCCCACGAUUCGAGGCAAAGCUGACUCAGACAACUACGGACUGGCACCUGACGAUGUGGCUCGUGCCAUGGCGGAAGACCGAGCUAAAGGUUUAGUGCCAUUCUGCUUGAUGCCUACACUUGGCACCACCUCCACCACAGCUAUCGAUCCGUUGCGGAAGCUGGUCGCUGUUGCACGAGAGCAGCCUGAACAUGUGUGGGUUCACCUUGACGGAGCUUACGGAGGAGCUGCUGCUGUAUGCCCCGAAUACCAGCAUUGGCUGGACGGUGUAGAAGGCUGUGACUCCAUUUGCAUUAACACGCACAAGUGGCUGCUCGUGAGUUUUGAUGCGAGUCUGUUGUGGGUGAAAGACCGUCGUCCUGUCAUUCGCUCGCUAGCACUGGACCCAGAGUACCUCAAGAAUGAGUUCAUGCAAUCUGCUCUUAACUACAAAGACUGGCAGGUGCCACUCGGUCGUCGCUUCCGAGCGCUCAAGCUCUGGUUCACCUUCCGUCGCUUCGGAGCUACUGGACUUCGUGCGCAUAUCCGUCAGUCGGUUGCGUUGGCUAGACAGGCUGAAGAGCUUCUGGAAAAAGAUGGUCGUUUCAAGCUCUUUGUGAGGGCGCGGAUGGGCCUCGUGUGCUUCUACGUGACAUUCGGUGGUCGUGAACUCAAUGAAGCUCUACUCCGUCGCGUAAACGAGUCGGGCAAGGCGUUCCUUAUCCACUCGGUCGUGGACGGUGUUCACUUCUUACGUCUGGCGAUCGGUGGACUUGAGGUGGACACUUGGCACAUUGAGAACGUGGUGAACGUGCUCUCCGAGGCGCUUACUGACGUGAUUGACGAGAACCCAAAGUGGCAGGAGCUUCAACGCGAAACCUUCGCGUCGGCAGCGUAGACUACUUUUUAAAAGGGGCUCAAAUUUGAUGGGCUAUUUCAGACUGUCAACUAUUCUCACUCGCUUUCGGGUCUUUGCUUUUGAUCACGUUAGC